UGAGUUAUACCAGUGAUAUUGUUUAAUGGUUACAUUGGAGAACAUUGUUAAUUGCUAAUCGUCGUGUUAAUGAUAUUAAUAGUGGUGUUAUUGAGAGUUAAUUAAUUGUUUGUUUUCACUUGGAUUAUUUGACUGGAGAAAUUGUUUUCUGUUCAAGGGAUCCCCAGGUCCAAAUAUGACUGGAAAUUGGCAAAGAAAUAUGAGAGCUAGUCAAAGUCCUGCAGGCAUGCAAAUGCGACAACAAAAUAUGGGAGGUCAACAUACUCCAGAAGGUGUGAAACGUUCUUCAGACGGCAAAUCACGCUCCAAAAGUUCUAAGAAGAGAAAGAUAAAAGAUCGUAUUAUAACACAACAGGUUAUUGAGUUAGUUCCAGAAUCACAAGCAUAUAUGGACUUGCUUGCUUUUGAAAAUAAACUUGAUUCUACCAUUAUGCGUAAAAGACUCGAUAUUCAAGAGGCUCUUAAGCGACCAGUUAAGCAAAAGCGAACACUGCGUAUCUUUGUAUCAACUAACUUUUAUCAACCAAAAGCAGAGGAUGCUACGAGAGAGACUUUUCCUGCUGCCGUUCCAGAAUGGGAGGUUCGCAUUGAGGGACGUCUUAUUGAUGAUCCACUUUUACAACAAAAAGAAAAUAAUCAAAAAAAGAAAAAGUUUUCAUGCUUCUUUAAAAAUCUGGUAAUAGAGUUGGAUCGCGACAUAUACGGACCAGACAACCAUCUUGUGGAGUGGCAUCGAACAACAGGUACUCAAGAAACAGAUGGUUUCCAGGUUAAAAGACCGUUAUCAGUAAACAAAUCAAUUAAGUGCUCCAUAUAUAUGAUGAUGGAAUAUCAACCUUCAAAGUUUAAACUUUCUGCACAACUGGCCAGAGUGUUGGGAAUACAUACUCAAACUAGACCUAUGAUAAUUAGCACUUUAUGGCAAUACAUCAAGAGAAAUAAGUUGCAAGAUCCUGAAGAACGAGAGUAUGUCACAUGUGAUAAAUAUUUAAAAGAGAUUUUCAGUUGCGACAGAAUGAAGUUCUGUGAAAUACCACAACGUUUACAAGUCCAUCUUCUACCUCCAGAUCCCAUUAUCAUCCACUAUACCGUAGAUCCAUCUAAACCUGAAGAUAAAAAUCCAUCCUGCUUUGAUAUCGACAUCGACCUCGAUGACAGUCUACGUGAUAUCAUGCAAUCCUUUCUUUUAUCCACCGCAAGUCAGCAAGAAAUAGCCUCGCUUGAAUCGAAGAUCCAUGAGACGGUUGAAGGUAUCAACCAAUUGAAGGUUCACCGUGACUUCUUCCUUUCCUUCUCUACAAAUCCACAGAAAUUUAUGAACGAUUGGCUGACGUCACAAUGCGCCGAUUUAAAGACGAUGACUGAUGUGUCAGGUAAUCCCGAGGAAGAACGCACAUCUGAGUUUUACAACCAACCGUGGGCAGAAGAAGCCGUUCACCGUUAUUUUUACAGACAGGUUCAACUUAAGCGAGCUGAAUUAGAACAAGCCUUGGGCAUCCGUAACUGACAGAGCUUUCUCGGUUGUUUUUGGAUGUGUAGAAGAUUUUGGGUGAAUUUUUGCGCUGCUUGUCUGAGAGAGAUGCAAUUAUGUCAAUAUUUAGACGAGUUUUUAUUUAAUUUUUUUGAACUCAAAAGAAUGUGUAGAGUAAA